GCCUAAAAUUCAACCUCGUGAAAGUUUCACUAAAUUUGAUUCAGAAAAUGGCAAACCUUUGCUUUGGACCUUGCUUUUGACCUUAAAAGCACCCCAGACAAUUUUUAUAGAACGUACCAUAUUUAUUUAUCCAAUGGAAGAACUUCACCAUUCCAACCCAUAUGAGCAACAACUGUAUGCAUUGUUUAAAAGUUAUGAUCUAAAUAAAAAUGAGUGCCUUGACAAACGUGAACUAAAUUCAUUAUGCGAAGCAUUGGAAUUGGAUGAAGGAAGAACUGCUGCCUUAUUUAAAGCCUUAACUCAUGUAAACAAAGUUAGUUUUUCUGCCUUUAAAGAAGCCCUUCUCAAGAUUUUGGAUGGAUCUUCUACAACCAGCGAUUGGUCCACGGAAGAUGAUGUGAGCAGAGAGCCAUCUCCAGAUCGUGAAGUAUCUCCAAAAUUUGUUUUUGGGGAGAAAAAAUAUGGCCGCAGAUCCAAACCAGAGAAAGGCGUGAAGUGUAUUUCAGAAGAAAUAAUAGAAGAUGACUUUAAAGACUGUGAUGGAUACAGGUCCUCAACUCCUCUUAGCAAAGAGAUUGGUCCUACCUGUGUCCCCUCAUCCAAGAGUUCCACCAGUCAACAACUAGAUCCAGAAAUUCUAACUCAAACUGAAAUAGCAUUACGAACAGCAUGGGAAAAACUGGGACUCUCCACAAAUGGUUUCAUGCAGCGGAAUCAGUUCAGCUCUUUGUGUUGUGCACUAGGAUUCAAUUCGCUUUCGCCGCAAGAAGUGGAAGAUCUAUUCCGAAAGCUGGAUACAGACAGAGACAAUCAAAUCAGCUUCAAAGAACUUUUAAAAUUGCUGAGGAACAGUGAUUUACUCUCCUCGGAACCUGUGAUGGCACCUUCUCCGGAUGUGUCUGCCCAAGAAUUUCAGAACACAACAGAAUUCUCUGGUGUUGACUUGACUUCUCCUGGGGUUGUCAGCAUUGACACAUUAUCGGAGCUAUGGGAAACAGCUGGCUUAUCAAACCCAGCCUCUCUUCUUCAUGACCUUGGACUGUCACACAAAAGUGAAGUGAACAUCUCCCACGUAUCCUCAAUGCUGGACAAGGAACUUGCCAACUUCCAACGGUGCGAAAACGGCAGCACCGAAAGUUUGCAAGUCACGCUUCUCAUGGCAUCUUUAGCUAUUUCACAGUUUCAAAUCAAGAUGUAUCGAUGUUGUUUAGACCAAAUGGAACAUUCUCAAGACAAACUCUAUGCAGAUCUGAAUGCUGCCAAUGAAAGAGCCACCUUACUAGCACAAGAAGUGGAUGACCAUCAUGCUAGAAUGGAAAAAGCAACGCAGCAGCAAAUCAAGUUGUUAGAACAAAAACAUGCCGAGCAAAUGAAGCAAUUGAGCUUACAGCUUCUAAAUGAACGAGAACAGCUACGAGAACAAAGCUCGCAGCUAGAGGCAAAGUUGGAAAAAUCUCGAGCAGAAGAAACUAAAUUGAAAUCAGAUCUAUCAUCCCUUCAGAAUGAGUACAACCAAGUUGAGAGGGAAAAUCAAUGUCUUAAAGCCAGUGUCGAGGAGAAAGAAAAAUUCAUCAGCCAAGUUGAUAUUCAAGCAAGAGAAAUAAUAACAUUACAUGAGCGGGUUCAUGAGCUGGAGGAAUCAAAUCAACAGGUGGCGCUGCUUAUAGAAAAAUUGAACCAAUUACAAACAGAAAAUGCUUCAUUGAGAGAUCAAAACGAUGAAUUAACUGUUGAAAUUGAAUCUACAAAUCGCAGACAACUCCUCGGCAACAAAAGACGUGGGAAUAGUUCACCGUACCAACCUAAAGAGGAUGGGGAUAGCCCGCGUUUGGGUAAAGUUCGCCGUUACUCAACUCAAAACGAUUUAUCACUGGAAACGUCUCAGAUGCAAGAGCUUGCCAUACAACCUGUUUGCAUCGGAGGAAGUCUACAAGUAGAAUGUGAUGACUCUGUUAUUUUUAAUAGUUCUUGUGAGGUGGAUAGUGUUGAAAAUAACAAGAGUAGUUCUGAUGAUGAAGGCAGUGCUGCUAGUACAAAUAAAUCUCUCCGGAUGUCUGCCAUUGUUGAAGAAAAUGAAAUGUUGCGCUCUCAGCUGAAGGAAAUGAGAGCGACGCUAGAGGAUUGUCGUUUGAAACUUUCGAGAGAAUAUUCGAUUCAAAAUAUCCCUCUCGAAGGACCAGAUAUCAAUUCGUCAUGUAAAGUCGUCAGUAACAUUUGGGCAGAAAAUAAAUAUUUGAAAAAUCAGCUGGAAGAAAUCAAAAGUACCCUUACCGAAUGUCAAACUAAACUUGCGAAAGUGCUACCAUCAAUAACCAAGGAUGAAGAAACUGAAACCGAAAAUCUAGGUGAAAUAAAUCCUGAAGUAAAGGCAAAAUUAUUGGAAAUUCAAGCGGUGCUGGAAUCACUUCCAGAUGCAGAUUUUGCUCUUCCAACAGCAGACACCUCAAGAAACAUCAAGAAAAAGGCUCCAAGUGAUGAAAAGAACAAAACAUCUGAAGACCCAGGAUCAGACGGAAGCCAAAAUGCAUUUCUGCAAAUUAAUCUGAACGAAGUACAAUCUCGAAUCACGAAAAUCAUCGAAGCGAACAAGAUCUGUAAUUUUGAAAACAGUGUUUUGAAGUCACAAAUAUCCAAUCUACUCACGCAAAUCUCUAAGAAGAAAGAAAACAAAGAAGAAAUCCCCUGGAAUAUCAAUGAUCUAUCAAUGAAAAACUCUAGUCACACAGAAAACAUUUCGUGUUCAACGCUCUCAAAUAAUUUUACCGACCUGUCAAAUUAUGCAUUUGAUCUGCCAUCUAAGCAUCUUCAAGAAAAUCAGUUUUGUUCCCUAGAUAGUUACAAAUUAAACAAAAAUAAUCUGAAUGUUGUAAGUAACAGGAGUGAUCCGGAUGCAUUCAGGAUGAGCUCAAUUUCGAACAAUUUAAUUUCAAGCAUUCCAAAAGAAAAAACAAUUUAUGUCAACAAUCUGGAAGCGGAGUUGUUGAGUAAAAAUUACAAAAAUGUUGAAGUUCCUAAUUCUGGGAUCAAUGAAUCCGUACAGCUGUUCAUGAAUAAAAUAUUCUGUGACAGUGAUGGAAAAUGUGAUUCCUUUCCUUCAUUGAAGUCAGAAUCAGAGGAAACUUCUGCCGUAAAUCUUGAUAAGUUGCGAGAAAGUUUUCAGUCUCCCCUGAAAAUUUGGAAAUUGGCAACUUUAGAAGCCUUUUUAGAAGAGCGGGACAGCUUGCUUCUCAAAUGCUCUAAGGUGGAAACACUAAGCCAGGAAAAUAAUGAACUUAAUGAUGCCAUAAAGCAGUACAAAAAUGAACUUUCUGAAAAGGAAGAUAGCAUUAAAAAAUUGACGGAAAAGUGUGAAACUUUGGAAAAAGGCAUCGAGCUAUUAAAAGACGAGUAUGAAGAGUGUGAAAAUUAUUGGAAUGAUAAAUUGGAUGAGGAAAGAAGACUCUUUGAUGAGGAGCAAAAGAUAAGCAACGAAAAGUAUGCUGAUCUUGAGAAGAAAAUUCAAGAAUAUGCAUCUCUCUUUAGUAAUCCUGUGGAUGAAACAACUACCUUACCCACCAUUGAGGAGAGAGGUGAUCUAGAAAAACAGUUUAUAGAUCUUGAAGAAGAAUUUGAACUCUUCCGCAAGAAAGCAUCUUUAGAAUUAGAAGAUAAAGAAACAGAAAUGAAUUUGCUCAAAGAAUUAUUGAAUCAACAACAAGCUGAAAAAUGCAGUGUGGAGGUUCAGACACAUAGCAAUGCUGAUUUUGUCUCAACUUGCACUUCCUGUUCAUUAGAAAAAGCCGAUGUUCCUGAAAUUAAGAUCAGUUUCCCACAAGAGGAACUUCAAAGUGCCAUUGAAAAGUUGAAAGCUGAGAGGAAAAGGUUGGAUGCAGAUUGUCGGAAUCUCAAGUUUCGAAAGAGUGACCUGCUUCGUCAACUUUCUAACUUUCGGAGGACGAAUGUCACGUACUCUAAUCCAUAUGGAUUACACAUCUUAAACUCAGUCACCACUAAACUGUAUCAAACAGAGAUGAAGUGCCGUCAUCUGCAGUCAGCACUGAAACAUCAGAAACGCCUAGUUGAAAAACUUCUAAGUGGAUCUUGGGAGGAUCAUCACUCUGAUUUGCUGCAAGCUCGAAAAACACUGAAGUCAACACAAGAUAAACUUGCUGAACAGGUGGAACUUUCAUAUCAACAGAUGGAAAAACUAAGAAAAGCAGACACAAUAGCAAAAGACUUAUAUAUUGAAAAUGCAAAACUGAUGGAAAUGCUACGUUAUAAGCAGUUUUGUUCCUGCACCCAUGGAUCAUUAACCCACUCUCUUUAAAGUCUACCGUGUUUUUAUUCCUUCUCUUUUUUUUCAAGCAAUUUAAGAAGCAUUCAAAUUCUGAUUGCCUCUGUACUUUUAUCAUUUGUUUUAAUUUUAGAAUGCACCUUGUUUGUUUUGUAUUUUUAAAAUUUCUUCUCUUUGUUAACUUUAUGCAUUAAUGGUAGACAAAUCGUAAAUGUUCCUUUUAUCCUUAGAAUGUUUUUUUCCUUGAAUUUAUGAAGGUAAGGCAGCUUCUUUUAGUCUUCGCACGUUUCAUUUCAAGUAGGAAUUUUUCAAAGCUGUUGUUAAUCAAUGAGUUUAAUUUUAUUUUACCCUCAUCUCUCCGACAGUUUCUCUGCACUACUACUACUAUGAAAUUGUAAUGCUCAUCAAUCGCUGAAAAAUUUCAAAUGAAAAAAAAGUCAAAUUAUACUCAUUUAAAAGUCACUCUCUCACCUUCUUUUUAAAGUCAAUUUGUUAAGGUUAAACGUGGAGGUUACGGGAAGAUACACUUUCCAAUAUGGUCAUCAUCGAUUUACCCAUCAAUCAAGAAUUUCUUUCUCCUAACAUGUGACCAUUAUGAAAACUUAAAUAUGUGCUUAGUCAUCAGACAAUCUGAUCAAAGCAUAGACUCAAUGAUCAAGUGUCAGUUCUAAACCGUAUUUUUAAUGAUACUUUGGUAUGAGACGUUUUACACUAAUUCACAAUAUUCCUUGAGACUCUUGCACUUAAGUUUUUUUCUGUAGUUUUCAAGGACUUGUAGUUUUUAAUUCAAGCAUUUUAAUGUAUACAACUCAGUUUAAAUUUGUUUGCCACGAAAUCAGUAAUGAAACGCAAAGAUUUCUGAAGAGAACUUUUUAUUCAUAGCUUUAAAAACUUUCAGGAAAAAUGAAAGCUAAAUGAGUGACAAAAUGAUCGAUUUGAUUUGAUUUUUUUUUUCUUUUUAUAUCAUGCAGGUGUUUUUGUAGACAAUUGAACCUGUCCAACUUUCUGGUUUGCCCCUCAUUGUCUCAUUGGUUUAAUGAUAACUGAUCUCACAAUUUUUUGUGUAUGUCAAAAGUGAUAAGUUGAAUUUUACUUGAGUAUAUCGACCGUUCUGAAUUUCCUUUUCUCCGCCAGUGUAAUCAUUGCUCUGUUCUUGUGGCCUUAUAAAACACGAUUUUGCUCUGGAAUAUGUACACGUAUCUCUGAAAGACUUUUUACAAGAAAACCUUAAAUUGUUAAGAAGUGUCUCCAGAUUUUUAGAGAAUCUUUUUGCAGACUUGUAGAUAUAACAAAUACUAGUGAUUAUUCAAACUUUUUCAUAAAUUCCUGGCAGAAGUUUUUGUACUUAUCUUCUCCGUGUAGCUGGACCAAUUAACAAUAGUUUAUUACUGAAGAUUCAUCCUGGAAAAAUUUAUUUUCUCUCAACCUGGAGGUCUAGUUUUAAAAAAUAGAAAACUUAAUUGAAAGUGCCUCUAUGAAUGGACGGAAUAAACAAACACAAGUGGGAAACAACAUCAUGAACACUUUCUCUUCAUAAAAUAUAUUUUUUGACUGCUUUUUUUAUUUAUGUAAGAUUCCCUCUUCACAAGUGUCUUGAAAUUUUAAUACAGAGCUUUGUAAGCCGACUUCAGUGUUAUAAUUAGUUAAAAUUUUAUCCGGCACCACUGUAAAAUAUCAAAAAUCAAUUUUUAAUAGGAACUUUCGUGUCAAGUUAUAUAGUGUUUGUUGUUAAGUCUAUGUUAGAAUUGCUGGAAACUUGCAUGUUUGUCAAAUUCGAAUUUUACUUUAUUUUUUAUUUGGUGACUUUUGUUGAUUUGAUUCUCUAACAGUCAACUUCCGAAGCUUUCAGCAAUUAAAUUUAUCUUUUAGACAGCAAAAAAUUUUAGUUGCCAUCUUAUUUCUGUAUCGCCAGAGUUACGUUUCUAAGAAAUCUGCUGGUGGCAAAGCGGUUAUGUGUCUGUUGUCGCUGUUUGUUUUAUUAUUUUCAUUUGAUUGCUCAGUCAGAGAUUAACAGGGUUAAAAUUUGUGCAUUAUCAAGCAUAUCUACCAUGAGUGCUUUCUCUUUCUUCUGUUAUAGUUCCUCAAACACUCUCUGUAAUAGGUUGUUACGUGAACGCAUUGAUGAUAGAUUUUAAUUGUAACCUUUUCGGUUCUUUACAUUCUUUAAUAUUUGCAAUUGUAUUGCACCAGCAACACAUACUAUAAUCAAUAUAUUUUUAUUUUCUCUUAUUUAAUUUGUAUGCUUUGAUUAUAGGAACCAGUCUUUUAUUCCUUUCACGUUUUACUCAACUGUUAAGUACUAUCUUUUGAGGAAGUGUCUUGAAAAUGGUUGUCUACUUUUUAUGGCCUUUAUACAUUGUGAUAUGUCUGAAAAGUUUACUGAGCCCCUAUUCCCCCAUUUUUGUUCUUCAAUUAUAUGACGAACUUCUCGUUACGAAGUGAUCGCAAAAGAAUUGAUCUGUAAAAAAACGAUCCAUUCCGAAAUAUUUGCAUUUCAAGUAAUGCAGAUUCAGCAGCAGAUGUAAACUUCACCCAACUGACAAUGCAACAACAUUUUGGCUACGAUCGGGAAGUUUGAAAUUCACCACCGCCUUUGUAACAUCCACACAGCUUCCCGUAGUCAUUGUUGAUUUUAGCAGAUUCAGCCUGCAAUUUUAGCCCAGUUUUACAUCGGGAAAGUAGUUUUCCCGUCUGUCGAUAGAUUAUAUUGAUUUUUUGUGUAUUUGCUGUGCCUUUAGUCUCGCUACAUACGUGGACAGGAUUCCAAGGCCUCAAGAAUCUCUGUAGUUAAUUUGAUUGAUAAAAAAAACAGAAUAUAUUCUAUACCUCAUACUACGAUUCGUGAAAACAAAAUUUUUAGCUCUGUCUUGCCAUCUCUUGAUUAAGAGGAUCAAAAUUUUGUUUAUCAAAUCUAAAAUAAUUGAAUUGUAUUUCAGCCCCCCUCCCACUCCUUUCCUUUGUGUCAUUAAUGCGUUUUGAUAAAGUAUCACCUGCAAUGAAGUCACUCAUCUUGUUUUUAUUUUUGUGUUAUUUGAUGUUGAUAGAAUGUGUUGUUUGAAAUAGUUUCAUGAUUUUAUUUUUGAUCUUUUUAUUUUUUAAUAAAAUCAGUUUUAAAAUAA